AUGGACGAGUCCCCCGUUAAGACAGAGGGCGCCACUCGUCAUCGCGCUGGGUACAAAUCAUGGAAGAAGAAGUAUAGAAAGAUGCGCAUCGUUUUCGAUCACAAGAUGCAUGAUGGCGAGGAGUUGCACAAGCAAGAAGACAAGGCUGCUGCAUUGGUCAAGCGCUUGGCUGUUGAGAACGACCGCUUAUUGGAUCUAUUACUCGAAAUCAACAAUUCGCCUCAAAUUCCUCCCGAGAAACAAGUCGAUGUAUCCCUCGAGCCUCCAACCCAAGCCGAUGCGCUUGUCCAUCCCCUGGAUGAAGAACAUGAGCUACAUAAAGACACACCCAAGAAGAAGCUUGAGGACCUCGUCAAGAGUGUGCCUCAUUCAUCAUACAGCAGCGCCAAGGAGACAUUACCACAAAUCGUAAACGAUCUUAAGGCUGUCGACGGCGAAACUUAUCCUGCCGAUUUCUUAUCUGCCGAUGACAUCGACAACUACAUCUACGAAAUCGACAUGGCCCUCGACCCUGAGAACAUGCUUCCUACACUCGCUCCCCGCGCUCAUCCUGGCAACCACCAUCAAUCACAUCCUCAUCUCAAGAAUCCUACAAGUGUGACAAAUUGGCUGCGCAAACAUGCCCCCAAGAUUUUCCUCCAGGACGGAGAAGCACAUGGAGACGCAGACGAUGCUGAAGGUGGCCAUACCGGCGGGCGUAAGACGCGUGGAUCACGAGGUGAGCGCGGUGGAAGAGCCAGCACAAGGGGUAAGCGCGUCAGUGCUGCAGCUCGCUCAGCCGCAGCCGCAGAUCGUGAUGUGGACGCCAGCAUGGAUGAGGAUCAGGAGCUUGCCUCAACACCUGCUGUGAGGGGCAAGCGCAAGAGAAACGCAGAAGAUGACACGGGAUACAAGCCUCGUGGCUCAUCAACGAGACCAACGAAGAAGAAGCGCAAGAGCGAAGCAGCAGAAGGAACACCAAGCGCACGCAAGUCCAAGAAGGAUAAGGAGGCGCCUCUAGCUUCUGCUGAAUAG